AUGGACGCGGCUCUGCUGCUCAAUGUAGAAGGCGUGAAGAAGACCAUCCUGCACGGGGGCACGGGUGACCUCCCCAGCUUCAUCACCGGCUCCCGUGUGACGUUUCAUUUCCGCACCACAAAAUGCGACGAGGAGCGGACGGUGAUUGACGACAGCAAGCAGGCGGGCCACCCCAUGCACAUCAUCCUGGGCAACAUGUUCAAGCUCGAGGUGUGGGAGACCCUGCUGACGUCCAUGCGCCUGCACGAGGUGGCCGAGUUCUGGUGUGACACCAUUCACACGGGUGUCUACCCCAUCCUGUCGCGGAGCCUGCGGCAGGUGGCCGAGGGCAAGGACCCCACGGAGUGGUGCACGCACACAUGUGGGCUGGCCAACAUGUUCGCCUACCACACACUGGGCUACGAGGACCUGGACGAGCUGCAGAAGGAACCGCAGCCGCUCAUCUUCAUCAUCGAGCUGCUGCAGGUGGAGGCCCCGAGCGAGUACCAGCGGGAGACGUGGAACCUGAAUAACGAUGAGAGGAUGCAGGCCGUGCCCGUGCUGCACGGUGAGGGCAACCGGCUCUUUAAGCUGGGACGCUACGAUGACGCUUGCACCAAAUACCAGGAAGCUAUCGUCUGCCUGCGGAACCUGCAGACCAAGGAGAAGCCCUGGGAGGUGCCGUGGCUGAAGCUGGAGAAGAUGAUUAACACCCUCAUCCUGAACUACUGCCAAUGCCUGCUCAAGAAGGAGGAGUACUACGAGGUGCUAGAACACACCAGCGACAUCCUGAGACACCACCCAGGCAUGGUGAAGGCCUACUAUGUGCGCGCCCGGGCUCAUGCGGAGGUGUGGAACGCAGCCGAGGCCAAGGCGGACCUGGAGAAGGUGCUGGAGCUGGAGCCGUCCAUGAAGAAGGCGGUGCGCAGGGAGCUGCGCCUGCUUGAGAACCGCAUGGCUGAGAAGGAGGAGGAGGAGCGGCUGCGCUGCCGGAACAUGCUCGGCUAGGGCGCGCUUGCCGCUGGGC